AUGGCCCAGCAAAACGAUUCUGAGUUACAGGGGCAUAAGGAGAAGUUAGAGGCCAGAUCGGUAAAAGAAUUUUCACUUUUGUCUGAUGGGUUAUUGCGAUACAAGAACAGGGUUUGUGUGCCAACAGAUAAAAUUAUCAGACACGAGAUUCUUGAUGAGUCUCAUACCACACCGUAUUCCUUACACCCGGGAACAACCAAAAUGUAUCAUGAUGUGAAAGCUCUAUAUUGGUGGCUGGGUUCUUGGAACAAGUAUCUACCUCUAAUCGAAUUUUCAUAUAGCAAUAGUUAUCAGAGUUCUAAUUGCAGGGCUCCAUAUGAGAUGCUCUAUGGAAGAAAGUGGCGUUCGCCCAUUCACUGGGAUGAAGCCGGUGGACAUACGUAUCUUGGACCUGAAGUUGUCCAAAGAGAGAGUGAAGCCAUUGAGAAAAUUCAAGCUCGGAAUUCAAAGGUUCGGGAAGAGGGGAGAACUCAGUCACAGAAAUAUGUAUCUGUUACAACUCAUGUGUUGAGUUAUGAAGGUAUCAAACUUCAAACCGACUUAUCAUAUGAAGAACAACCAUUACAAAUUCUGGACAGAAAGGAAAAGGCAUUGCGGAACAAGACUAUUCUGCUAGUUAAAGUGCUGUGGCGAAACAUCAAAAUUGAAGAAGCGACUUGGGAGUUAGAAUCGCAGAUGCGGGAGCAGUAUCCUAAGCUUUUCAGGUAA